UCGCAGACGCCCCUACAACCACAAGUCGGACAUGUGGGCGGUGGGCUGCAUCCUGUACGAGCUGUGCGCCCUCAAGCACCCGUUCGACGCCGACACCUUCGAGGACCUCAUCAUCAAGAUCCUCAGGGGCGUGGUGCUGCCUCUGCCCUCCGCCUACACGAGCCUGGUGCAGGACCUGGCGACCGUGAUGCUGCGGACCAACCCCGAGCGCCGCCCCACAGCCGACGCCCUCCUCAUGCUGCCCGCCCUCAAGCCUUACGUCGAAAAUUAUUGCUGA